AUGUUGAACGAGACGAUGCGAGCCGUUGUUUGGACCGGCCAACCAUACAACAUUUCCGUCCGUGACGUCCCCAAACCAACCAUCAUCAACUCAACCGAUGUCAUCGUUAAGAUGUCGAAGGCAGCUAUCUGCGGGUCUGAUUUGCAUAUUUAUCGAGGUACAAUGGAGGGACAGGUCCUUCCUGUCGGCAUUGGACACGAGGGAGUCGGAUAUGUGUCUGAGGUUGGAUCACUUGUGCACUCGCUGAGCGUCGGCGAUCCUGUUAUCGUGCCUUUCACGACCUCCGGCGAUCAGCUCAAUACGGAGCUCACUUAUGUGCCAUACGCGGCAUUCGGAAAUGGAGGAACCCUGGGUGGCACACAAGCGGAGUUUUUGCGAGUUCCGUUUGCCGAUGAAGGACUGAUCCCCAUCCCUUCUGUCAACUACACCGAUCCAACUACCAAUGAAACCACUUCCCUGCUGAAUGACUACGUUAUGAUGUCGGAUAUCUUUGCCACAGGCUGGACAGCCCUUGACUUUUCUGGCAUGGAGCCCGGCGACACCGUGGCUGUGUUUGGUGCUGGACCCGUCGGCCUGAUGGCGGCGUACUCGGCAAUCUUACGUGGUGCAUCACGAGUCUACAGCGUUGAUUUUGUCCCCGAGCGCCUCCAACUUGCUAGCUCAAUUGGAGCAAUCCCCAUCAACUUCGAAGAAGCAGACCCAGUGGAGCAGAUUAUGGCGUUGGAGCCUACUGGGGUUACUCGAAGCGUCGACUGCGUGGGAUUUGAACAGUUGAACCAGAAUCUUACCGUGCAGUCGGAUGUUAUCAUUGGUCACAUGCUGUCCGUCACUUCCAUGAAUGGCGGCAUGGGCACUGUCGGAGUUUAUACCCAUGAGCACGGCAACACGGCAACUCAACCUCGUGCUUCGACUAUCCAUACUCAUUUCAAUCUUUCUCUCGCAGAUUUCUGGACAAGGGGCUUGCACUGGGGAGCUGGUAUUUCCCGGCCAUUAGAUCUUGCCCCACAGCUCUUGCAUCUCAUUGCAUCGGGCAGAGCCAGGCCUGGAUUCAUUGUUAGUGAUGAGGUGGAUAUUGAAGAUGCCCCGGCAGCCUACGCCAGAUUCAACAGUCGCAAUGCCACAAAGGUUGUGAUCAAUUUUGAUCAUUAA